AUGAACCCAUCAGCCAACAUGAAGAUCGAGCUCCUUCUUGUGCUCGCUGUUCUGCUCUGCGUGGACGGCAUGCCGGUGUCCAGCACGGGAAAGAAGAAACAUAACAAGCUGCUGCUAAUAUCGUUCGAUGGUUACAGAUGGAACUAUGACGAUGAUGUUCAUACGCCAAAUAUGGACCAGUUGAUUAGAGAGGGAGUGAAGGCAAAAUACAUCACACCACCGAUGAUCACCAUGACCUCUCCAUCACACUUCACCACUAUAACUGGGAGAUGGAUAGAGGAUCACGGCGUUGUCCAUAACAUGAUGUUUAAUUCUACAACUCUCUUGAAAUUGACUCAUAAGAACACACUAAAACGAUCUGUGUGGUGGGACAACGGGGCUUUACCUUUAUGGAUAACAGCUCAGAAUCAGGGCCUGAAGACAGCGUCUUAUUUCUAUCCUGGAGGUGGAGUAAGUUACGGCGGGCAGGCUGUGGACAGGUCCCUGGUGGAGGCGCAAGGUCAUCCUGAUGACAAUGAGACUGAGUGGCAGCAGAAGAUUGAUACCGUUAUGGGAUGGUUCACUGAAGAGAAUUUCGACUUUGUUACUCUGUACUAUGGAGAACCAGACAAUGUGGGCCACAGGGUAGGACCAGAGACUGAAGAGAGAAAGAGGAUCAUUGAGCAAAUUGACCGCCUCAUAGGCUACCUGAGAAACUCUAUCCAGAAGAACAAUUUAUCCGAUCGCCUCAAUGUCAUCAUCACCUCGGAUCAUGGCAUGACCACCAUUAAGAAAAAACCAGCAGUGAAGGAAAUAAGGCUGUCAGAGUACAUUAAUUUUUUCAACCUGACCCACUUUGACAUACUGGACUAUGGAGGUUUUGGGAUGAUAAGACCCAGGAAAGGGAAGGUGCAGGAGGUUUAUGAUAAGCUGAAGAACGCACAUCCAAACCUCACGGUUUACAAGAAGGAGGAGAUUCCUGAAAACUUCCACAUCAAAAAAAAUGCCCGAAUUCAAGAUCUUGUUCUUGUUGGAGACUUAGGAUUCAACUUGAACUCGAGAAUUAUAUUCUACGUCAACAAAGGAGACCAUGGCUUCAAUAAUCAAGAAAUGGAUAUGAAGACAAUAUUCAGAGCGAUUGGACCCGACUUCAAGAAAAAUUUCAUAUCUGAGCCGUUUGACAGCGUGAGCAUUUACCCGCUGAUGUGCAAGUUGCUGGGCGUAAAUCCAGCUCCAAACAACGGCAGCCUCAGCGACACUCAAGCCAUGCUCGUGGAAGACUCAAAUACUGGUGGACAUGCUGGGAGAAUCCAGAUGUCUGUCAGACUUUGA